UGAGCAUCGUCACUGUUGUUACUUGUCCAUCUUCCUUCCCGUCAACACUGAUCUUUUUCCGAUCUCCUUUCUCCAAAGCAAGCAACUUCUCGAAGAUCAACAACUCAACAUGAAGUCAAUGAUCUCUCUGGCCUUUGCGGCCGUGCUUGGUGCAGCAUCUGCGGGUCCUAUCAUUGCGCAACGUCAGUCCGGUCCAGGAGGCUAUGGCCCACCACCCUCGUACGGUCCACCAGGAAAUGGCACCGGUGGAUCUACCGUCACUAUCUCAAGCACAUCCACUGUGGUGGUCAGCCCAAUUGCUCCCACGGCGAGCUCUUCUCUUGGGUCUCCCAUCGGUGGAUUCAAUACGACAGCGUUCCCGAUGCCCACCGCCACCACCGUCACGUACACCAUCCCGUACACCCCAUCAAACUCCAGCCUCGGUUCUCCCAUUGGCGCAACGGGCUCUACAGUCUCUGUGCUGCCAAUCACCACUAUCAACCCUGUACCCUAUCCAUCGGCAAACUCGAGCCUCGGGUCUCCCGUUGGUGCGACUAGCAGUCCCUCCCUUGGUCUCCCUACUGGAUUCACCUUGACAACUUCCAUCCCGCUGACGACUGGAGGCAACUUCACUCUCUCACCAGAGCAGCCAUCUUCGACAAACAAUGUGACCAGCGCCGUCACUCUUUCUCCUGCAUUGCCAUCUGCUGGCUUCCCAAGUGGCAGCCCAAUCCCAUCGGCCAACUACACCAUCCCCUUCUCCACUGGAUCAUCGGUCGGUAGCCCGAUCACAGCUUCCGCUCCAUCGUCUGGCAUGCCCAGUGGCAACCCGAUCCCUUCGUACAACUACACCAUCCCCUUCUCCACUGGAUCAUCGGUCGGUAGCCCGAUCACAGCUUCCGCUCCAUCGUCUGGCUUCCCAAGUGGCAGCCCAAUCCCUUCGUCCAACUACACCAUCCCCUACUCCACUGGAUCAUCGGUCGGUAGCCCGAUCACAGCUUCUGCUCCAUCGUCUGGCUU